AUUGUAAAUAAGCAAAAAGUGUUUGCAACCAAAACGAGCUGCUGCUUACACCAUACAGGCCAUUGGCAGCGUAAUUAUCAAGACGUUGGUUUAUAUAAUAGUACAUUUUCGCAAAUCCCAAACAAAUCACGUAUAAGAAACCGAAAAUAAAUUAUAAAUAGCCAAAGUGUGAACUGCAAAUUGCAAUUUAAUUGAAAGAAUCAUUUGUUGCAACAUAGGAGUGCGGCGUUUCUUAACAUUAGAACUACAGUUCGUUUUUUGAACCGACAUGAAAGCGUUUUUUGUUUUAUUUGGCUUUUUUUGUCUCCACUGGAGCUUUGUUGUUGACGGAGCCCCUAGUAUCAAGAGGCUUGAACUUGGCGAUAAAGUGAGUGGUUCAAUUAUUUCUAUAACAACAUUAGCGCCAACUGUGACCUCAACGCCUUUAGCGGCAGUGGUCAACAAUGCAACAGUAAACAGCACCGGCUUUAAUAGCAAUAUCACCAGCUACAGUGAUCAGAAACAUAAGAUACUGCUGGUUGUCCUAUCGGAUGUGAAUGUACGGCAUCUUAAGGAUCCACAACAAGGCCAAUCCCGAACUAUUUCCAAUAAUGCGGAUAAUAAUUCUUUAAAUGAGACAUUAAAGAUUGAUGCAACGAUGCUCAAGGAAAUUUUGAAAAAUCUCCAACCCACGAAAAAGUGUGUAAAUAUUUUGCCACAAUUUGUGCAGCCUACAUUUCCAUGGCUCAUACGGAAGGAGCAACGUAAGCCGAUUACUUAUAUUGAACCGGUUUUAUGCGAGGACAUAGAAGACGAACGUGUAGUUUUAAUGGAAAGUUCAAUUUUACCACAAAACCAAAAGAGGCAACCUAUCGCACCAGUUAAAACAAAGGUGGGGUACUCACAAACGCGUUCGUCAAAAAACACACGAAAGCGUCAACGAUCGAAGCUGAGAACAGGUUCGGCUAAAAAAUCUCGGCAGUUGCCAUAUUCGUUGAACAAUUUUCGUGACUUAGACUAUGAGCAUGAUUCUGAAUUUGAUAAUGAUUGGACAAAUUUUAGCUCCGAAGAGAAUUAAUUGAUAAAAGUUGUAUAAUAUUCAUUCUAAUCAAAUUUAAAUGGUUAAAAU